CGGAGAGAUGUCGCUACUUGGCGGCCAGUUUCUAUAGUUAUCAAAUAACAUUUUGAUUUGUUGUUGAAAGCAAUUAAUUUCUAUAUUUUUAUCAUUUCCAAUCCGAUCCUACAGUUUGACGCCAACAGAGAACAGAGGCUGAGCAGUAAUGGCAGGUUCCCUGAGGACUUUUUCCAGCAAAUUUGGGGCCGCCUAUUCGCCCCUUAAAAUUGUGUCGUCGUCCAGAACUUAUUUUACGUAUGUUAACGAACCUGCCCAGCCCAUUAAGGGAAAAGAACCAAAAUGGGUCUCAGCCGAAGACGCUUUCCAGGAUUUACAAUCAGGGCAAACCGUAUUCGCUCAGGGUGCAGCUGCAACGCCAAUUCACUGUUUGGACGCAAUGACUCAAGUUGGCAAAAAGAAAAACUUGAAGGAUGUAACUGUAUGUCACAUGCACACCGAAGGACCUGCUGCUUACACGGACCCUUCUUGUGAGGGAAUUUUCAGGUCUUUAUCAUUUUUUAUGGGAGGUAACGUCAGGAAAGCAGUUGCAGAUGGACGCGGAGACGCAAUCCCAAUAUUUCUAUCAGAAAUUCCACUUUUGUUCCAUAAAGGGAUUAUCAAACCGGAUAUAGCUGUUAUUCAGGUUUCUCCACCAGAUGAACAUGGGUAUUGCAGUUUGGGAACCAGUGUUGAUUGCGUUAGAGCUGGAAUGACACAUUCCAAAAUUAUUGUUGCACAAGUGAAUCCAAAGCUCCCAAGGACCUUUGGUGAUGGUAUUAUCCACAUUUCUCACAUUGAUUACGCUGUAAAAGUAGACAAUCCCUUACCCCAACAUGGUGGCAAGCCUCCUACCGCAGUUGAAACGCAAAUUGGAAGAAAUAUUGCUGAUAACUUGGUUGAAGAUGGGGCUACCUUGCAAAUGGGUAUUGGUAGCAUUCCAGACGCUGUCUUAUCUGCACUCACCAACCACAAAGAUCUUGGAAUUCACUCUGAAAUGUUUGCUGGAGGUGUGAUCGAUCUGGUUAACCGAGGCUGUAUUACCAACAAUCGUAAGACGCACCACAAGGGAAAAAUUGUUGGCUCGUUCCUGAUCGGCACCCAAGAACUGUAUGACUUUGUUGACAAUAAUCCAUUUAUCGAAAUGUUGGUUGUAGACUAUGUUAAUAAUACUGGUAUAAUAGCCAGAAACCCCAAAAUGACUGCCAUCAACUCAUGCAUUGAAGUCGACUUAACAGGCCAAAUCGUAUCGGAUUCUAUUGGAACCAGAAUGUACUCCGGAUUUGGUGGUCAAGUGGAUUUUAUUAGGGGUGCAGCUGAAGGUACAGAUGGGAAAGGAAAACCGAUCAUUGCCUUACCAUCCUCUACUAACAAAGGGGAAAGCAAAAUCGUGCCUACAAUCAAAAAAGGUGCUGGUGUGGUAACAACCAGGGCGCACGCGCAUUACGUCGUAACCGAGCACGGUAUUGCUUUCUUGUUUGGCAAAUCGCUCCGACAAAGGGCACAUGCUUUGAUCAACAUUGCUCAUCCGGAUCAUAGAGAACAUUUGGAAAAGGCAGCAUUCGAGCGCCUUAAAGUCAUGCCAUCGGCCUAAUGUGACUGAACCGCAAAUUUAGUAAUAAAAAUUGUAUUCUAUUUUUUUUUUUUGUAAAUAUUUAAGUUUCGUUUGGACAAUAUUCCGCACUUUAAUUGUCGGUAAUUUUUUAAAAUGACUGAGCAAAGUUAUUAUUUUGUUUUUGAAUAUAAUUCAAUUAUGGUGGAUUAUCUGUUACACCCCAUAGACUGUUUUUGAAUAAUAAUAAUAAUGUAAUAUUUUGAAUAAUAAUGUAAUAUGUAUUUUGAAUAAUAAUAAUAAUAAUGCAACGUUUUUCAAGUUUUAUGCAAAUACUUUUAGGCUAAGUAAUUAUAGUGUUAUUGCCUCACAUUUCUAUGUUUUCAAGAAAUAAAUUAAUGUUACUUUAA